AUCGCUUUAAAUUAUAAAUACGUGUUAUAAUAUCCAUUUUAAGAGUACGAAUUAAUUUACGAACAGCAUUCAUCUCUCAGGACCCGCUGACGAAAGACCCACAACAUCCAAGAUGGCGGCGAGUUCCCUCGUUUCUUACGGCAGCGGCUCAGAUUCGGAAAACGAGUCCGAAUUCGGUAACGUUACCAGUCCGCAGAAGGUCGAUCCAGACGCGGUAGCUCAUCUUCAGCCGUUAAAACCCGGCACUAUAACGGCGUUAGCCGUUCUGAAUUCCGCGCCCGAAGUCGCCGUGAAGGAAGAUGUUGAGACCGGUGUUCAUCUUGAUCCAGCACUCAAAGAAGUCACUUACAACCCUACAUACGAAACCAUGUUUGCUCCAGAGUUUGGACCAACAAACCCGUUCAGAUCGAAACAGAUGUCCGCCCCGAGAAACAUGCUGUCUGGUUACGCCGAACCGGCUCAUGUCAACGACUUCAUGUUUGAGCAGCAGAGAAGAACGUUCUCCACGUUCGGUUACGCUCUGGACCCAUCUGUGGACACCAGUGAGGUCUCAUCCAGCAGCUACAUUGGAGCCGUGGAAGAAGCGGAGAAAAACAAAGGUUUGAUUCAUAUCCAAAGAUCAGCAUUUAUCUGAAAUAAAAAGAAGACCGAGAAGAGGAAGAAGGUGAAAGGUGGAGAUGCGUCAGACAUCGAGAGCUUCCUCGGCCCCUGGGCCAAAUACCAGGAUGAGAAAGACGUGGCCAAACCCUCAGAGGACGAGCAGAAAGAGCUAGAUGAGAUCCUAGCUAAGAGACAGAAGCGAGGCAAGAAUGAAGAAGAGGCUCCAGCGGAGGAGAAGACCGUCCUGCACGUUAAAGAAGCAUACGAUUAUCAGGGCCGCUCGUACCUGCAUGUUCCUCAGGACGUGGGCAUCAACCUGCGCUCAGCGGACGUCCCGGAGAAAUGCUACCUGCCCAAGAAACAGCUGCACGUCUGGACCGGACACACCAAGAUGUCUGGUGUCUCUGUAGGUCACAGUAAAGCCGUGCGUGACGUUUGCUUCAAUAACUCCGGCACACGGUUCCUGAGCGCCGCCUACGACCGAUAUCUCAAACUCUGGGACUCCGAGACGGGUCAGUGCAUCGCCCGCUUCACCAACAGGAAGGUUCCCUACUGCGUCAAGUUCAACCCAGACGAGGACAAACAACAGCUGUUUGUAGCCGGGAUGUCCGACAAGAAGAUCGUCCAGUGGGACAUCCGCUCCGGCGAGGUCGUGCAGGAGUACGACAGACACCUCGGCGCCGUCAACACCAUCACCUUCGUGGACGAGAACCGGCGCUUCGUCAGCACCUCCGACGACAAGAGCCUGCGCGUCUGGGAGUGGGAUAUUCCUGUGGACUUCAAGUACAUCGCUGAGCCCAGUAUGCACUCGAUGCCCGCGGUCACGCUGUCGCCCAACGGAAAGUGGCUGGCCUGUCAGUCCAUGGACAAUCAGAUCCUGAUCUUCGGAGCGCAGAACAGAUUCCGGCUCAACAAGAAGAAGAUCUUCAAGGGUCACAUGGUGGCGGGAUACGCCUGUCAGGUGGACUUCUCUCCGGACAUGAGUUACGUGGUCUCCGGCGAUGCUGACGGGAAGCUGAAUAUCUGGGACUGGAAGACGACGAAGCUCUAUCAUCGGAUCAAGGCGCAUGAUAAGGUGUGCAUCAGCGCGCUCUGGCAUCCUCACGAGACGUCGAAGGUGAUCACCUGCGGCUGGGACGGACAGAUCAAGCUCUGGGACUGACGCAUCUGCUUCCUUCUCCUCGUGUUUUCCUCUCGAGCCCGAGUCUCAGCUUUUAACUCUGAUGUGAGAUUAUUAAUGGGCUGGUAUCCAGUCCUAAACACACACACACACACACACACACACACAGACUUGCAGCUCAUGCUUUUUGUUUUAUAAUGAAUGAAUCUGUAUCUCCAGUGUCUCACAUUUGUCUCUUUUUGAGGAUAAUAAAUGUCUCUCGUUUA